AUGAUCUAUGGAUACAUCUUCGAAGACUCAUAUGUCGACCUAGACAAAGACGCCGAGCGCGAACACCCAAGCCCUUUCUCGUGCAGCCAUCUACUACAGUUCAAGAUUUUCACUGCCGACGCUGCAGUAAGGGAAGAGUUGGCUGAGGCAUGGUACCGGGCUUCGGUCUUCUGGAGCACUGAUCCCUGGAACAUGGCUUCCUCUUUAUAUCAGAUUGGAUGGAGUGCUGGUCUGAAGCCAGCUGACUCGCUCCGAAAUGGCCUGUGGCCUUUUCAUGAGAUCCGAAACGUGGUAGUCACUAUACCCGUCCAAUUCGGAAGCGACGUUGCCAAAGAGACCCUGGUCCUCGGCAAAUUGCACUGUCUAUCUUUGCUUAAGAAGAGUACGACCUUUUGGUUCAUAUUGGAAGGUCCCGGUAAUUUCGCCUGCUUGGAAAAAGAUCAUAGCGACGCGGAAAAUUACGCGAAGAGCAUAUGGUAUCUGUCUUCAGAAGUGCGACGCCUGAGAAGGGAUGGGUUCAAGGUUUUUGUGACACCGGACUGGUCCCGGACGGUCCUGUUUGGAAUGGAGGAGACCACUGUGGAGGAGCUGACAGAGAAAGUACAGCAGGCUAUUGAAGAGUCGAGCACUUAUUGA